CUCUCUCUCCCUCUCACACAUACACACAUACAGAGACACAUACACUUCGUUCAGAUCGUCUUCGAUGGAGCUUUCUCCUUUAUUAAUGGGGUUCAGUGAGCAUCGUCUGGAGCCCACGAAAGGUGGUGAUCAUGAGGAGCAUGUGAUCGUGUCUUCUUCUUCUUCUUCUUCUUCUUCUUUCAGUGCCAUUUGAAGAAAGGGUCUGUUCAUCGAAAUCUUGCCAAGUUUCUUCAUUGGGUUCUUUAAUCAUCUGCCGAUAUCCGAGGACAGGAUGUUGGACGACGUGCUGCAUCCGCCUCAACAGCUUCCAACUGAUGAUAUGUCGAGCCCGUUAAGUGCUCAACUGUUAGAACUUUGCGACCCCGAAUUAUUUUCGGAAAGUAUACAGAACUCUGAGAUCACAUCGUGUUCAAACUGCUGCUAUGAAGAUUUCCCUGAUUCCUCCAAAUUUUCUUUACCUGAAGAUUCGCAAAACUUUGGCGAUCUCCUGCAGGAAGACUAUGGAAUCAAUACUAACACGAUGGCCACGACUCCAACCACGAUUACAAGUAACACCACGACCGCCGCCACUAUUAACUAUAAUGGAAAUCAGACAGCAAUCUUUGGUCUGCAAGAAGAUAUCAAUAAUGACAUUUCUGCUUCGAUUGAUUUCUCUCCCUCCCCUCCGUUUUUGGUUUCCCCAUUCGUCUGUCCUCAACAAGACCACCUGAUGAUGGAUUUCCCUUCAGUGCAGCUGACAGAAAACCAACUUCCACUGACCAAUAGCACUGACAGGCUACCAAAUUGUACUUGCGAAACUAUGUCGCCGUUAAUUGGCCCUCCAUUGAUUGCCUCAGUGUUCAAACAUGAUUGCUUGUCCUCUGUGCCUCCAUAAAUUCCUUUGGGCCCUGCGUCGCCUUCGUGCUCCUUCAUUGGCCCGAUGACGUACAUGCCGGGGAAUAUGACUGGCACAUUAUCUUCAGAUAGCUCGGGGAUCUUCUCAGGAAGUGUUCUGAUAAAAGCAGAAUUGCAAACUCGAGAUUUGGAUUACCAGGCUGACAAUAACGGUGGAAUCUUUUGCUCAGAUCCGACCCAGGUGCUUAUUCCUGAGGAC